ACGAAGAUCAACGUCUGUCUUCUCCCUUUUCCCUGAACCCUCUUCUUCUCCCUUCGAUAGAAGACAGAUUCACCAUUCAUUGCAACGACUGUCGAGGGCAUCAAUAGCCUCGCUGCUCCCUGCUGUUUCCUGCUUAUUGUUCUCAAAUUCCAACCGCUGAACUGCUGCACGAUUUCCUACAGAACAAACCCACUGGUACUCGGUGCCAAUUACGCUCGUUAGAACAAGACUAGAACACACGCCAUAUCUCCAGCGAUCUCCCGACUUUCCCAUCCUCACCCCUAGUUCCGCAUCUUCCGCCAGCCCAACGCGCCCUCGUCCUCAAAAAAACGCGUUCUCUGCCCAUCUUCCCAGAGACUCCUCCACAGAACACCACCGAUCGAGCCCUCCAGCCUUGGGCUUUGGAAGAUCUGGCAUCCUUUCCAGGAGAGGAGAUCUCAACUGCUGAUGCCAACUUUAUAACCGGAUAUCCUUGUGUUUGAACAGAUGGCUCCGGACUUUCGAUUACGGCUGGGGAGAUGUCUCCUGUUCUUGGUCGGCUUGGCAUAUACAGAAGCCUUCUACAUUCCAGGGUGGUCGAUCAAGAGCUACAAGGAAAACGAAGCAAUUCCCCUUCUUGUCAACAAAGUUUAUUCCGAUAACACCCAGUUACAAUAUGCCUACUACGACCUUCCUUUCGUCUGCCCACCCACGGGAGCCCGCCAUGAGGGCUCCUCACUCCUCAGCGGGCAGACCAUCCCCCUAAAUCUCGGCGAAGUCCUCCGCGGCGAUCGAAUCACACAAUCCGAUAUCGAGCUCGUGAUGGGUCAGGACCAAGAAUGCAAGUUCCUGUGCACCAGAACUGUUACCAGAAAGGAUCUAAAGCGCGCCAGAGAGAUGGUCAAGGGUGGCUAUGUCGCAGAGUGGAUUGUGGACAACCUGCCUGGCGCGACGAGCUUCGUGACUGUAGACAAGAGUCGGAAGUACUAUGCUGCAGGGUUCAAGCUGGGGUAUACAGACGUCUCGAUGAGUUCGGAGAAGCCUAGAUACUACAUAAAUAACCAUCUCACGAUUGUCAUUCGAUACCGCAAAGCGCCUGGGAAAGAUGGGGAGAGGGGCGGCAGGGUGAUCGUGGGGUUUGAGGUCUAUACGAAGAGUAUUGGGCCGGGCAAUGGAUUGGAGAAUGGAUGUCCGGAAGAUAUCAAUGAGGUGGAAGCACCGAUGGAGCUAUACCUCCCUCCGAAUACGACAGAUAUGGCUCUUCAGUAUCCGCACUCGUCCUACUACCCCCCGGAGAGCGAGCAAGACAUCGAGGAUGGCGCAACGCUCAACAUCCCGUAUACAUACUCGGUUUACUUCCGCGAGGACGACAAGAUAGAAUGGUCGCAUAGAUGGGAUCUAUACUUCGUAAAUCAGGAAGAUGGCUCCAGGAUUCACUGGCUGGCAAUAAUCAAUUCUCUGAUUAUCUCUGGGUUGCUGAGCUCGAUCGUAGCUAUGAUUCUUGCCCGAACCAUUCGAGGGGAUAUUAAGACGUACAAAGACGCUUCAGCAGAAGAAGGAUUCAAGCAGAAGCGACGUUCGCGCCCAGGUUCAGGGGCACGUACGCCCAGACCGGGUGAGAAAACAACCGGGGGACUUCUGGAGCAAGUCGGAGAUACCGAGAAUGAUGCAGAUAUAUCCUCAGAUGAAGAAGCGCUGGAGGAGGCUACGGGAUGGAAAUUGCUCCAUGGCGACGUAUUCCGCGCUCCUGCGUACGGCUACCUGCUCGCACCGCUGAUCGGUUCGGGCAUGCAGCUGGUCUUUAUGGUCGUUGGGCUUCUCUUCCUCAGUAGCCUUGGGGUUUUGAAUCCGUCCUUCCGCGGCGGAUUCAUGUCCGUAGGCAUCGGUCUCUUCGUAUUCGCCGGUGUCUUUUCAGGAUACUUCUCCGGACGGGUCUACAAAACAUUUGGCGGUGUGAACUGGCGAAAGAAUACCCUCAUAACUGCUACACUAUUCCCGGGUCUGCUCUUCGCCCUGGUAUUCAUCCUGAACCUUUUUGUCUGGGCGCAGGCCUCUUCGACCGCGCUCCCAUUUGGUACACUAGUCGGCAUCGUCCUUCUCUGGCUCUGUAUCCAAUUACCCCUGGUGUAUUUUGGUUCCUGGUUCGGUUAUAUACGCACCGGUCCCUGGGAACACCCCACGAAAACGAUCGCGAUCGCACGGCAGAUCCCGGUGCUCCCGUGGUACAUUCGCACGCCGCAAUCCAUCCUCCUCGCCGGCCUGAUCCCAUUUGCGGUCAUCUUCAUCGAGUUGCUUUUUGUCUUCCAGUCCCUUUGGCAGGAUAAGUCCGGCUACUACUACGUCUUCGGCUUCCUAUCGGCUGUCUGCGUCAUCCUCAUCCUGACAAUCGCCGAGGUCACCAUCGUGACCAUCUACAUCAAGCUCUCGGCGGAAGAUUACAACUGGUGGUGGCACAGCUUCUUCGUCGGGGGCGGCAGCAGCAUCUGGGUGUUCUUGUAUUGCAUCUGGUACUAUUUCACGAAAUUGCAUAUUCAGGGCUUCGUCAGCGGCCUGCUUUUCUUUAGUUAUAGCUUCAUGGCGGUCUGUGUUUAUGGACUGUUGACGGGCACGGUGGGAUUUUUGACAGCGUAUGCCUUUGUUAGAAGGAUUUAUGGGGCCAUAAAAGCAGACUAACGAACGAUUCCUACAAAGUUGGCAUGGGCGGACACAGGCUGGAGUUGAAGAAAUUUGGAAACUGAUCGAUCGGGAACACAUGAAUGCUAAUGUUUUUUUAUUUGUCACUCCCUCAUUGUCCCCCACCGCCGUGUUCCAUGUCCGGGAUGUAAUCUCCUGUGUUAAGUGACAAGAGUGUUUGGAUUUAUGACUACCUAGGUAGGCAUUCUAGGGAGGGAAUCCUAGAGGCGAGUUUUGCACGUUUAUAUCUAACUGGGUAAGAAACCGCCAUGCCAGCGAAAACGCCUCCCGAGGACGAAUACACGUACCUAGCCAUCUUCGCCUUGCCUCUCCAUAACUAUCUCUCAUGACCCCUUUUACAUCCCACCCCUCUACUCACGCAUGCUCACACCCCCUCCGCCUUCGCAAGCGCAAUGCAACUAAAUCUCAGAUCCCCGCCUCCACUUCUCAGCUCCAGAUCUAUAACCCUCUUAAGCCCAAGCGCCAG